AUGUUUUCCUUUCCCCCUCAAAUUUUCGUCUUCCAUGUUUUAUUUUCCCCCAAAUUUUCCACUUUUCCAUUCGCGUUACAUUCGCUGCUCCGUUCAAAAUAUUCAACCUCUCCAGCGAUUCGCUGCUCCGUUCGCGUCCAUUGCUCAGUUCUUCUGUCAAAUUUUCCACUUGCCAGUUUUUCGUUACUCCGCGCCUGCUGCUCCGUCCGUCUGGAGAAUCAAUCGACAAUUGGCGCUAAAGACUCGACCUCCUCACCCGACUACCGCUCGACGCCGGCUUCCCGAGUCCACUGGACCAAAAUUCCUCACCAAUCGCUCUUUUUCCUCCUCCAUGGCCGAAACCCUUUCAACCCAUUCCCAGGCUCGAGCCCAAUCCCAGCCCGAAUAGGGUGCAAGAAGAUGUUCACAGGGUUUGAGGAAGGGCUUAGGGACAUGAAGCCUAGAGGAAAACGGAGAUUAAUUAUUCCUCCAGAGCUUGGAUCCCCCGGUGAGUAUUUUUCCUCGUAG